AUUUUGCUAUUGAAAGUGCGCGGAAGUUCCCGGUUAAAGCAAAUUAUAGAUAAGCAUAUUACAGACACACAAAUGUGCUUGGCGGCUCAUUAAAAUUCAGCAUGGAAACAUUGUCAAACAAUCGCAUAUUUCGGCAAUGCUUGGUUCUGCUGCAAUUGCUGUUGAUCACAAAAGUAUACGACGUGUUGGCCACGCCGCUGCGAACUGAAAGUGCAACAUACUCGAAGACAGCGGCCACAAAUCGCAGCGAACCAAGCAAAACGAGCAACUAUUUUCUGCAUCAGCCUUACGGUCCCAAUACGUAUGCCUUUGGCUAUGAGGUGGAAGAUGCACAAACGGGAAAUGUGCAGUUUAGAGAUGAGCGUCGCUAUUUGAAUGGCAGCAUCGUGGGCAGCUUUGGAUACGUGCGACCUGAUGCUCACAUUCAAGUGACACGCUACAGAGCCGACGCUGAUGGCGGCUACUUGGCGCACUCACAAAGCUACGCUCCAGGGGAGCAACAAGUGGACACCAUUUGGCCCACGAAGCUGCCUGAUUUUCUGAGAGAUCAACAUAAAAUGCAGCCAGCAAACAAUGUGAGUUGGGAUGCCAAGCAACAUUUGAAUGUGAGCGUGGACGACGUGGAAGAUGAUGUCGCAGAGAAAUUGAAACAACAACAUGGUCUUGACUUGUUUCACAUUGAUGUGGCGCAGGAUGUGCUCCAGCCCGCAGUCCUAGAUAUAGUCAAUGGCAAGACACCGCUGAAGCAGCAACCCAAUGGCAGUUUGGCCUUUGAGACGCUUCAGAAAGUGGUGCCCAACGAGCUGCCGCUUGUGCCAUUCGAAUUGCCAGUCGAAGAACUGUUAACAAGGGCAACAACGACAACAACAACAGCCACAACUGAGUCAUCGGUCGAGCUUAGCAAGUACGAUAAAGCCAAGAGCAAUAAUGCCGAAAAGGCACCACAAAUAACAGAGUCCGAUUCGAGUGAACUAUUGCCGCCCAGGCCAUUGGUCAAUAACGUUAGCAACAGCUCGAAUUGGUACAAGCAAAUCAUUGAAGCAAAUCGUCGUGAAUUCCUUGAACAUUUACCAAAUUUGAAUAAAGUAAAUGUUUGAAGAAACACAAGUAGGAAAGCUACAAUCGAGUGUCCACGACUAUGAAAUA